AUGUCUGGAUCGUACGAAGAAUGUAAGAAAUGGAUUAGUUGGAUUCAUAAACAAAAUUUAGAGAAUAUUUUAAAUAGUUUAAAGAAUACGGAAAAUAUAGAACAAGAUGCUGAAACCAACAGAUAUCUAUUUAAACUUUUGUUGCUCUUAUCACAUUGUGCAGAUCGAUGCUUUAGAGAAAAUCUAUCGAAAGAAAUUGAGAUAUUUAAUAUUGCUACUAUGACCUGUGAGAAGUUAGCAAGUAUACCAGAUAAAAAUAAAUUAUUCAGUGCUAUAUAUUAUAUUCUUUCCUACUUAUUGAAAAGAAAUGUUUUUAUGGAAGCUGAAAUUAUAUGCAAAUAUUUAUUUCCUGGAAAAUUUGUAAAUAUUGAUGAUUAUAAAUCUUCAAACUACUAUCAAAUAGCGUCUUUAUGGCAAACCGAAAUAUUUAAAAAAUUAGAUACGCUAACGGUGAAUUUAAAGACAGAAAGGACGAUUAUUAAUAAACUGUGUAGUUAUAUAAAAUUUCAUUUACAAAUUUUACAAUUUUGUGAUGAAAAUUCGUGCUACAUAUUUAAAACUAUAGAAAUCUACAUAAAAAAAUUGUCUCAUAUUCCAUUAGAUACAGCCUUUUCAUUUCUAUUAGAGUUGUUUCAAUUUUUGUCAAACUAUAUUAUAAAUUUAAAAGUACUUCCACUGGUGGAAGCUUAUAAUCUCAUGAUACCUAUAAUAGGCUUAGCAUUCUUAAAAAGAAAUGAUACGAUUAAUAAUUUGAAUAUCACAACUUAUUUUCGACAGUGUGAUUCAUAUUUUCUUGAGUCUCUAAAGACUUCCUCCCAAUGCCUUAAUUCUUAUAAGCUUUUUAGAGAAUAUGUUUUAAAUUUAUUUGAAACGAAUUUUAUGUCAAAUGAAAUUGGUAAAAAUAGAUUUAAAAAAAGUAUUGAAAUCUUAGAUAUUCUUACGCAAAAAUAUGGAAUGAAAAAUAAUUCAAUUAUAGAGACUGUAUUUGCAAUAACUUAUAGUUUCGAUACUCUUUUCACGAACUGGGAAAAUUUAGUUUCCAAACAGUUGCUAAAUACAAAUGUAACGUACGAUGACAUUUUAUAUAUGGGCAGCAACUUUGUAAAACGAAUUCAUAAUAUUUUAAAAAAUCGUUCGCUAUCUGCGAAUCAUGUAUGUAAAAAAUGUCCAGAAUCAGUUAAGUGUUUGAUGAAAAAAGAUAUAUACAAUGCCUCAAUAGCUACUUCAACGUAUUUGAAAAUUAUUGCGAAAAUGAACUUGGAGGCACUUAAUGAAAAUAUUUUUACAUUAGCAAAAGAAUUAAUAGAAGAGCUAGUGUUAGUAUUUAAUGAAUUUGAUAAGUCAGGCUGUAAAUAUUCAUCUCCUAUGUGGGAUUUGUGUGGAAGGACAAUUUUUAAUAUUGGAUUAAUAAGUGAAACAAAGUAUCCCGCAGAAGUUGAAGGACUUUAUGAAGUAUUGUGCACUCAAAUUGUUCAUCGUGAUGGCCUAAAUAGUAAAGUUAGUAGUUUUGGAUUAGAAAAUCCAGUUGGUACGACGUUACAUCGUUUAUGCAAUUCAAAUUUUAAUCAAGAAAAGUAUAGGAAGGCUAUGAGUUAUACAGCUUACAAUGCACUUUUGAGCAAUUAUGAAAACAGAAAAAAAAAGGCAUUUGAUAUGUGGGCCACCAUCAAACUAAAACUCAUAGACUCUCAAGAAACUCAAGAACUUACAAUGCUAAAGUGUUUGAAAGUAGAUAUGAACGUAGUAAAAAAAUUUGGCAUCGUUGUGAAUCUUGAUAAUUAUAAUUUAAAUGAUUUAUGUUUGAGAGAGCUGAAAUCUUUAUAUCAAGUUAAAAAUAAUUUGAUUGUUGCAAUGAAACAUACUUUAAUCGAUCUGGAAUCUACGAAUAAUGGCUUGUAUUAUGCACAAGGUGUAUUUCUGCUUUGCUGUCAUGCUUUACAAUUUAGCAAAAGAGAAUGUAUUUCUGAUUACAUUUCAAAAGCCAUUCAGAAAUUAAUAAAUUAUCAGCCCAAAACACCAGGUAGUCAGUGUUUAUUAGCAAAUCUCAAUUUCUUCAAUAUUAUUGAAAAACUAUGUGCUAGAAGUCAAGCUAUUACUAAGCAAAUAGACGAUGCUAGUUUCACUAUAAAAGCUUUUAAAAAAUUAAAAGCCAAACCAGCGGAUGAUGAAUUAGAAAAUCAAGAUGAAGUUGUACCUACAUAUGGCGGAAUUAAUAUUGAAGAAGAUGGUAAAUGUGCUAAAGAAUUACAAAAUGUACUGUCUGCAUGGGAAAAUUGCUUAUUUAAAAAUGUGAUAUCAAUUGUUAAUGAUUGGGAGCCUAAAUUAACUCUGGAAACAAUUAUUAUAUGUGGAGAAUACUGUCGAUUAUAUAAAUUUGUUAAUAAUGAACGGAAAUCUUGGAAUUUAGCUUACAAAUUAUCCACAGCUUUACAAGAUCUUACAACAUGCGUAUACAUUACUAGUCGAAGUGUAUCUUUAAGGCACAUCGAUGAUGAAUGGAUUAAUUGUGCUGAAAAACAUGUUGAAAGUAUCAAGUCCUCUAAUAAAACCGCUGAAACGGAUGUCGUUGCUAUAUUUUGGUUAAGCUUAGCAGAUUUUUAUUUUGAUUGUAAAAAGAUUGAAGAGGGUAGGAUAUUAUUAGAAAAGGUAAAAAUGAUGUCAAAUUAUUAUAUGCUUACAAACCCAAAAAUAUAUAUUUACUCUACUGAUAUACAAUUUCGCAAUUACUAUCUAAUUAAUUCAAAUACUAGUCAAGAAGAUUAUUGUAAAUUGUUGGUUGAAAUUCAUUACUUAAUGAUAAAUUUACAUGAUAUUAUAAUCGAGGAUGACCGCAGAUUUUGGAAUGUAAGAUUUCAUCUUUUUGCAUGUGAACAAAUGUUCGAAGUUAUGUAUAGUAUAAUUAUUCCAAUGAAUAGUCUCUUAUCAUUUCGUGAUGUAUCGGCUCAUCUUUCUUAUGGACUAAAAGUUGCUCAAAGUUUUGGAAUGACACUUAGGAUAGCACAGUACCUAAAAUAUUUGUGUUAUAUCGAUCUAUUGCGCAUACAAACGGAAAAUUGUGAAGUGCGGCUUCAAGAUCUCGAACACAUUUUAUGUCUUGAACAAUUUAACGAAUCCAUGAAAGCCAAGGUUCAAGAUAAAACAAACAGUGUAAACAGGUUAGCAAUGACUCGUACAGAUCUCAAUGAUCCAGCAAUAAUACCUAUUAAUCUAGGGAAGCACAAUGCUUCGCCAGAGUUGAAGAAAAAAAUUUUUUCAACGCCAAAUUUCCUUACGCACUCGUUAUACUGUCAGUGUUUUAUUUGCACAAAUCUCUAUUAUCAAUAUCUAACAUUUUCAUGUACUUAUAUUAGAGCGCAUCUCUAUAGUCUUCUAAAUUAUGCAAAAGAAGCCGAGCAAUACUUUCACGGAGCUUAUAAGAUAAAACUGACAGUAGACCAGAGAGAUAAAGAUGAAACUCGACUCUACAAAGAUUACAAAUGGAAAAGGAAUCAAAAUUUCACAAUCGAUGCUUUACUAUACAUGUUGGAUUUAAGUAUGUUUAUUAUUGAUUUUAAGCCAAAGCAAAAAGAGGAUGCUUUGGCUUUAAUCGAGGAAACUAUGGAGAUCGCAUCGCAAAAUGAUUUAAAUAAACAUUAUACUUGUGUAUAUGCGACCGAACUCUACUUUCAACAUUAUGUUUACGAUGUUUUCAAAGAGCAAUUAUCUAUCACCGUACCUCAAAAUAUAGCAAUUGACAUAACAAACCAACCGAUUAAUAAUUGUGCAACACCUAUGCACAAUAUUGAAAAAACAAUGCGCACUCGACGUCAGCGCAAAUCUUCACCGACAAUAGACAUUCCAGUUAUCACGAUUGUUGACACGAACAAUGCGAAUGAUUGUGGUAAUUCAUUAAUAGCCAAACCCAGCACUAAGGAGCGGUCUACCAGCAAGAGGUCGACUACCCGAAACGUACGCAGAAAAAUUCUCUUGGAUGAGACAGAAGAAAUUACGAGUUCGACCGUAAAGGAAGAGCAAAAGUCAACUAGGAAAAGAAAUGUGAAAUCGAUGAAAAAGCCAAUUGAUUUUUCAUCAACGAGCUAACGACGUUGAAUCAUCACAAAUUCAUU